AUUUAAUGUUAGAAGACAUUUUCAAGUUGCCAUAUUUGAAGAGGACAUGGGAAAGGGUGAUCAAGGUACACGGUUAUAUCUAUAACCGUCCGACAUUGUUGAACAUGAUGAGAUACUUUACCCAAAGAAACGAGUUGAUUAAGCCAGCAAAGACUCGUUUUGCAACAGCUUGUUUAACUUUACAAAUGGUUCAUCAACAAAAGAAUAACCUAAGAAAGAUGUUCACAUCAGAGGCUUGGAGUAAAAACAAGUGGGCAAAGGAGGCGGAUGGUAAAAAGGUAGCAGAAAUAAUGUUGUCGCCAUCAUUUUGGAACAAUGUCUUGCUGGCCUUAAAAUUUGCAUGUCCUCUUGUUAAAGUACUUCGUUUGGUUGAUGGUGAAGAAAAACCUGCAAAGGGAUACAUCUACGAAGCCAUGGAUAGGGCCAAAGAAACUAUUAUAAAUACAUUUGGCGGAGAUGAAGACAAGUAUAAAACUGUGUUUGAAAUCAUUGAUGCGAGGUGGGAAGUGCAAUUGCAUCAACCUUUGCAUUCAGCAGGCUACUAUUUGAACCCUGCAUUUUUUUACAAGGAUGGUGCAAGGAUGAAAGCUGAUAAAGAGGUAUGGAAGGGUUUGGUGGAUUGUAUUGAAAGGCUGGUACCAACUGAGAGGAUGCAAGAUGAAAUUCUUCAUCUAAUAGCAUUAUAUGAGGAGGAGGAGGAGGGAAUCUUCAAAAAGGAGAUGCAAUUAGGCAAAGAACUACAAGGUCACCAGUUGAGUGGUGUAAGUUAUUUGGUCGUGAAACUCCUGAAUUGCAAAAAUUUGCCAUCGAGAUCCUUAGCCUUACUUGCAGUUCAUCCGGAUGCGAGAGAAAUUGGAGUGUGUUCGAACAUCUUCACACCAAAAAAGAAAUAAGCUAGAUCAAAAGCGCCUCAACGACUUGGUGUUUGUUAAGUACAAUAGAGCAUUGAGGCGUCGAUAUAUGAACCGUGGCAAAUUUGACCCGAUUUCCUUGAAGAACAUUGAUGAGAG